GCCCAGUCUCCGAGCUAUUUUUUGCGUGGCCGCGCGCAGCCGAGCCGAGCCGAGCGGUUAGUCCUGGCGGAGUCCGCUGUGCCGCGCGACAUGGGCAGCUGACCGCGCGCGCCGCGCCCAGCCCGACGCGAGUGUGUUACCGACCCGACCAGCAAAACAAGAAACUUAGAAAACGGGAAAAAAAAUCGUCGUGGGAAACGGACGGCAACACCUCUCCUUUCCGAGAAGAAGAUUUGAAGAAAAUAAAUUGAAACGACGCCGCAGUUGUCUGCGACGAAUAGACGACGGCCUCCCAUCACCCGCGGGAUGAUCACCAGCAGCAGCAGGGUGGCCAGGCGGAGCCAGGCGUAGCGCAGCUGGGCGCGGCGGGCGCAGCUGGGCGCUGUGAUGCGGGGCCGAGUGAUGCGUGCUAAGCGGUAGCAUGCAGGCGGAAGCGUCCCCGGCCUCCCAGGGUGCAACGGGCACCGCCACCGCCUCCAAGGGCGCCAGCGCCGUCAACGGGGGGCGCUUCGACUUCGACGAUGGCGGCACCUACUGCGGAGGAUGGGAGGACGGCAAGGCCCACGGGCACGGCGUGUGCACCGGGCCCAAGGGGCAGGGCGCCUACUCGGGCUCCUGGCACUACGGCUUCGAGGUCUCGGGCGUGUACACCUGGCCCAGCGGGAGCACGUACGAGGGCCAGUGGCAGAAUGGCAAGCGGCACGCGCUGGGCGUGGAGUCGCGCGGCCGCUGGGUGUACCGCGGCGAGUGGACGCAGGGCGCCAAGGGCCGCUACGGCGUGCGCCAGUCCGCGGCCUCCCUGGCCAAGUACGAGGGCACCUGGGCCUCGGGACUGCAGGACGGCUACGGUUCCGAGACCUACGCGGACGGAGGCACGUACCAGGGCCAAUGGCUGCGGGGCAUGCGGCAUGGCUACGGCGUGCGGGCCUCGGCGCCGUUCGGCCAGGCCUCGCACUACCGACCGCAAAAGAGCCAGCUCCGGGCUUCCAUGUCCUCUCUGAGGAGCAACGAUGCCGGCGGAGGUGGCAGCGGCGGCGGCGGCGGGGGCGGCGGGGGCUCGGGCGGCGCCCUGGACCCGGCCGCCGAGCGCGACCGCCGAGUCGACGACUCGCGGGGAGGCUUCGUGCUCAAGGCCAAGAGCGACGAGCCGCCGGCGCGGCGGAGGAGCCUGGUGGAGAAGUCGGGGCUCAAGCGCUCCAUCCUGUCCGGCCUGAAGCUCCGCAAGCAGCGGUCGACGGGGGACAUCGAGAAGAGGGGCACGUCGGGCGGCAGUAUGAGGAGCAACGCGUCGUCGGCGUCCUGGGUGUCCACCGAGUCGGAGCAGUCAGCCUUCACCUCCGCGUCGCAGCACACGGACUCGAACGCGUCCUUCGUCAUCGAGGUGAGUCGGGUGGUCUCGUCGGUGCGGCCGGGUGGGCGACUUGCUGACCGCACGCCUGCUGUACCGGACGCAGACGCGGGGUUGCCUACGCGGCUCGGGGCCGGAAGGCGCCGCAGCCAGUGACGUUAGGCAAGCCUG